CACACACGCGCACACACACACACACACACACACACACACACACACACACACACACACACACACACACACACACACACACACACACACACACACACACACACACACACACACACACACACACACACACACACACGAACAUGAUCUAUGUGUCUUAUUUAUAUGUGUCUGUGUUGCUAGUGCAUCAGAGAAUGACAAAAGAAGACCACCAGAAUUUAGCGCAACGUCGGCUGUAACCUGACCCUCAACUCUGGGCCUUUUGUAAAGAAGCAGAUUUUUUUUCUCCAUGCAGUCAGGGUGGGGUGCCAUUGCUUUUUGAAGGUUCAGUAGUGUUGUGAACAUGUUUGUCAUAGGAUGGAAAAAAGGACAGUCGGAAGGUUUGGCUAGUGGCUGGAGAGGGACGAGAAAAGGCAAGAGGGUAACAUCCUCAUCAAAGCAGAGAAAGGACCAUGGGCGAUAUGAAAACACCCGACUUUGAUGACCUCCUUGCAGCCUUCGACAUCCCAGACAUGGUGGAUCCUAAAGCUGCAAUUGAAUCUGGCCACCAAGAAGAUGACAAGGUCAAACAAGCAAAGUGUAAAACAAAUACAGUUGAAGAUGAUCGGAUAGGACAUGAUGUUGGUGUCAGUGUCAUUGUCAAGAAUAUUCGAAACGUGGAUACAAUUCAACAUCUUGGAAAUCAUUCAGAGAAGGACGAGCUGUUAAAGCCCCCUAAAAGAAUUGGCAAGCAACUUCAAAAUGGAUUCUUGUCUUCCAUGCCACCCAAAAAUGUAUGGAAAACUUCCAGGAAGGAUGGACAGACACUAAGUAAUCAAUUCAGUCCGAUCUACAGUGCAGAGGAGGUUGAGGAAGAGAACACAAUUGAAGUAGAUAAUCCAACUGACAAAAUCGGUGGUCCGUCAAUUGUCAAGUCCUUUACAAAGAAAGCUCCUGUUUUGGUGGAGAAGGCUUCUAAGUCCAAGGCAAAAGGCUUAAAACCAGACCAGAACAACAACCAAAAUAUCACUCUGGGAGAUUCAAUUUUUAGUCACACCAAUCAGUCUAGUUUUCCUAAAAAGGAGCCUAAGGAAACGCUUCACAGAGACACAGAGAGCAAAGAGACAAAUGUGCAAACAAUGCAAGUCAUAUCUAAGUCUACUACAAAACUUUCCUCUUGUAUUGCUGCCAUUGCUGCUCUUGGUGCUAAAAAUGCAAGCCCUACAGAGUCCCGUGUAUUUGAUUUUCCUGUUAAACAAAUGGAAUCAAACCAAGACAAUAAAAAUUUCAGAGCUCCAGAAAAAAAAUGUGAACCGGAAUCAGCCUUAGAGUUGGCAAAGCGAUUGCUAUCAGGACAACCACAGAGUCCAUCAAGUGUCAACAGUGAAAGUAGCAGCAAAGGUUCACCAGACUCAAGCACUGACACUGCCACAGUCAUUCCAAAGGUCAGGAUAAAAACAAUUAAGACCUCUUCUGGACACAUCAAGCGUACUGUCACACGGGUGCUCCCAGAUUUGGAAUUUGAAACAAUGAAAAAGGGUGGAAAUUCCAGUGGCCCAAAAAUAGUGGCUACCACUGGUGCAUUUUUCUCAUGUCCCACAGGCUCCUCUCUGCCAACUACGGUGGUAGCCACUUGUGGGGGUCUAUCAAAUGGAAUAACCAAGCAGAUGACAAUUAAACCAGUAGCAACAGCCUUUCUUCCAGUCUCAGCUGUCAAGACGGCUGGUUCACAAGUCAUCAACCUGAAACUGGCUAAUAACACCACAGUCAAAGCAACCGUCAUUCCUGCUGCCUCAGUACAAAGUGGCAGCAGUGCCAUCCUUAAAGCGGCAAAUGCCAUGCAACAAAAAGUCAUGGUCCCUGCCUCUACUCUGCCUAAUGCUAAAUUAGUACCAAAGGCAGUCCAUCUCAGUAACCUGAAUCUUCUCUCGCAGAAUGUAUCCUCUGCUCAUGGUGAUCUCCAACAAGGAAAGUCCAGGCAAUCACAACAACUUAAACAACAACCCCUUUUCAAAGGCCAGCACUCAAAGAAGUUCCCCAGAGUUCAUGUCAUAACCAACUCUCAAAGCUCCAUAGUUGAUGCUUUCAAUAAAGUCCUGAGUAGCAUUAAUCCAAUUCCUGUGUAUAUCCCAAACCUCUCCCCACCAACCUCAGCCUGUAUUUCGAUACCAUCUCAUGGCUAUAAGUGUCUGGAAUGUGGCGACUCAUUUGCUCUGGAAAAAAGCCUGACUCAACAUUUUGAACGUCGUAGUGUGCGGAUUGAGGUUAUCUGCAAUCACUGUUCAAAAAAUCUUGUCUUCUACAAUAAAUGCAGCCUUUUGUCUCAUGCAAGGGGACACAAGGACAAAGGAGUUGUCAUGCAGUGUUCACACCUAAUCUUAAAACCCAUCCCUGCUGACCAAAUGAUAACAGCACCGCCCUAUUCCAGACUACACUCUAUUACAGAUAGCUUCGAUGCACAGGCACAACCUGCUCAAACGCCAGUUCCAAGUGAUGUGACACAAAGAGCAGUGAUUUCAGCUCCAAGCAACAUCCCAAUUGAGGCCGCCAUGCCCUUGGAAGAUGGUGCAUUCAAACUCUGUAGGCACAGCCUGAAGUGUUUGGAAUGUAAUGAAAUGUUCCAAGAUGACAGCUCACUAGCUAUGCAUUAUCAGCAAGUUCUGGAGACCAGUGGGCAGAAAACCUGCAAUAUCUGCCAAAUGCUUCUUCCAAAUCAGUGCAGUUUUCUGUCGCAUCAACGAAUCCAUCAGCACAAGUCUCCUUACAUCUGCCCAGAGUGUGGCGCAAGCUGUCGAUCUGUCCACUUCCAGUCCCACGUCACCAAGAACUGCCUGCACUACGCACGUAGAGUCGGCUACCGAUGUAUUCACUGUAGUGUGAUCGUCUCUGAUGUUGCGACUUUGAAGUCGCACAUCCAGACUACACACUGUGAGGUCUUCUAUAAAUGUCCGCUUUGUCCCAUGGCCUUCAAGUCUGCACCAGCAACACACUCCCAUGCGUACACACAGCAUCCUGGAUUGAAAGCAGGAGAGCCUAAGCUUAUAUACAAGUGUUCCAUGUGCGAUACUGUCUACACUUUGCAGUCUCUUCUUUACACACACUUUGACCAGCAUGUUGUCACUCAUAAAGUUCCUGUGUUUAAAUGCCCCGACUGCUCUAUGCACUAUGCACAGAAACAACUCAUGCUGGACCAUAUAAAGGGCAUUCAUGGAACUCUGAAGACUAUUGAAGGUCCACCAAACUUAGGAAUCAACCUCCCGCUCAGUGCCAAACCUACAAAUUCUAACAGCACCAUCAACAAUGGCCCUACAAAUGACAAUAACAACAACAAGGAUGGGCAAAACACCAAUGGACAAAACAAAGGCAUCAAGAAGACUGAACCUUUAUCACCUAAAAAAGACAGCAAAAACAGAUUGGGGAAAGAUACUAGUUCAGAUUAUACAUGUUCAGAGUGCAACCGUGUCUUCGGUGGCAGAGAGGUCUUCUUGAAUCACAUGAAAAAAGAACAUGGCAAGACAUUGAAGAAGCACCCAUGCCGACAGUGCGACAAGUCCUUCAGUUCCACUCACAGUCUUUGCCGACACAACCGCCUCAAACACAAAGGAGUGCACAAAGCCUACACCUGCCCGCACUGCCCACUGCUCAGUCAGACCUUCACCAAGAGAGUGCUGCUCGAUCAGCACAUUCAGUUGAUGCAUGGAGCUUCAGAGGAGAAGAAUGCCAGCGCGGCUCCCACAGAUAAUUCGCCAGAGAACAAAUCGACUGCCAGCCCCAAGAGAAAAAAUGAUGCAGAAGAGAAGGUGUCUCCAGAGUUAAACCCCCGUGGUUUAGACUUGCAGCCUUUGAAGAGGCUCAAAGUUAACAUACCCAAAGUUCACAGAUGUGCUGUCUGCGGCUUCACCACCGAGGACAUCAUCGCAUUCCACAAGCACAUCCCCCAGCACAAGUCGGACCACUCGUCAUACCAGUGCCAGGAGUGUGGACUGUGCUACACUUCCCUGCGCUCUAAGUCCCGACACCUUUUCAUCGUCCAUCGUCUGAAGGAGCCACAAUGCUUUGCCCGUUUCAGGGGUAAGGAUAAUGAAAACCAGCGGGAGAACCUCAUGGAAGUUACAGCGCAGGAUGAUGAUGGAAUGUCAAAGACCAAAUGUAAAGUGUGUGGGAAACAGUUUGAGACUGAGGGCAACCUCAACACUCACAUGAGGACACAUGGAAUGGCAUUUAUCAAGGCCAAAAGACUCAGUUCGGCUGAAAAAUGAAUCUUCGCCUGCACCAUAAUCAAAACUGUAGAAUUCCUUUUAUAUAGUUGUACAGUAUCUAUUGGCUGGGGUCCUAAUGUAUAAAAUUACUGCAAUAAACUGUUAAUAAUAUACAAAUACACAUCCGUGGGGGAAAUAAGCAUUUGGUCCCAUGCUGAUUUUUGUAAGUUAACACUCCCACAUGAAACAUCCGAAAUUGUUUAGGUAUGUUGACUGUAACAUAGAGAGACCGGGUGUGAAAAAUACCUUAACAACAGGUUCAAUAAAGUUUUUGAAUUA